CGCCCGGCAAAACGUCAUAAACAACAUAACCUACAAAACAAUAUAAAUCGUAAACAUUAGAUUUUUGAUGAAAUAGUAUGAAACAAAGUGCAUUUAAGUUAUAAAUUGUAUUUGCGAUGUCCCUAAUUACAGAGCCCAAAAAAAGUGAUACCAAAAAAACAUCAGAUGAAGAUGAUCCAGAAUGCGUUUGGCGCAUUUAUAGCGUUCUUUCCUACUUUAUAGUGUUAGUUAUAAUAGGAUUACCAAUUUGGUGGUACACCACCAGAGUUUACAGAGCUAGUUUACCCCUAGACGAAAUGUUUGAUAUUACAUUAAAAAAUACCACUGAUAAAGAGUAUGGUAUACCACUAAGUCUGGAAUAUGAUGUUUUAAUAUCUAUAGUAAACCCAGAACCAAGCAGUUUAAAAAUAGAUUUAAAAGGACAAGACAUGGAAGAUUACCUACAACCAUUUUUAAGUAAGUUAUCGCCCAUAGCAGAUUUCACCGUCAAAUCACAAUGGUUAUACCAUGUUGAACUUGGUGCAGUUCCAAGAAAAAUGUAUGACCACUUUGCCAUAAUGGAAGAACAACUGCCCCACAUAAUCAGCCCUUUAGAAAAAAAAUUAUGGUCCCAUCUCUCACCUCGCCCCUGCCUAAACUUGGUUUUAUAUUUCCCGCAAUGUCGCGCCCCUUUACACAUCUACAACAUGAAAAACGAAAGACUGAUUACCAAUGCCAUGCUAAGCCCUAGAUGGGGCGGUAUUUACAUACUUAACAGUGAUAAACCCUCAUGUGAAGCAAAAGUAUUCAAACCUGAUAUUGAAGAAAUUGUCAACACUUUUAUAGCCCAACUACAAAUCUUAUUCAAGAUUAAAGGCACCUCAAAGGAUGAUGUCUACGAGUUAAAACUAAGAAAAACCCAGGAUAUGUUGGAGUCCACCAAGCGCACUUUAAAAUCUCUUGCACAAUUACUUUCUGAAAUUAAUAGCAUUGUCAUAAGUGAUGAUGUAGCCCAAAAAAUAAAUGUAGCUGUAGAAAACAAAGAUUUAACAGAAAAAUACCUAAAUGAAGACAAUAUAGAUUUGGCUCUUAAACAUGCUAAAAUUGCUUUUGAGAAAUCCGAGGAAGCAUUUAGUGACCCCUCAUUAUUGGCUUUAUUAUAUUUUCCGGAUGAUCAAAAGUAUGCAGUUUACAUUCCAUUAUUUUUACCAGUAAUGAUUCCAGUACUAAUGUCUCUUAUUACCAUAAGGAAAUGGUUUUUUAAUAGAGGAAUUGAUGUUAAAGUUAAAUCUGAAUAAAUAAAAAACUUAAUC